CAGUCAGCGCUGCUGGGAGGCGGAGGAGGAGGAGGUGGAGGAGGAGGAAGGCUUCUCCCACCGCCAGCUCCUCCAACCGACACGGUCAUACACCGGGACCCGGGGCCCCGCAGGAAAAACUGGCUAAUGACAAUAUCUACAGUAUCGAAAGAGGGGAAGAGAACAGAGGAGUAAACAGAGGAUGAAAAAGAAGGGAUUAUAAGCAAAAGAGGGAGAACAUAGCAAAGAAGUAGCACCAACCUCAGAGUCCCCGUCCGCCACCUCCGACAGGCCCACCAUCCACCAUCUAAGUCGUCAUCAAGGGCACUGGUUCAGCUCUGCGCGGGCAAGAUGGCGGUCACCCUGGCGACGAUCAGGAAGAUGGGGAUUCUUAUUUUCGUCAUGGUCGUACGGUUCGCCUUCAUGGUGGUCAACAACAUGGUUGCCAUUCCAUCCUAUGUAUUAUAUUUAAUAGCUCUGCAACCUCUCAGACUUAUAGACAGUAAACUCUUCUGGUAUAUAGAAGGAGUCAUGUUUAAAUGGCUCUUGGCUAUGGUGGCGUCCUGGGGCUGGACAGCGGGAUACACAGUUGUUGAAUGGGGAGACGACGUUAACACGAUCACAGAAGACGAAGCCGUAAUGUUGGUGAAUCAUCAGGCGACGGGGGACGUCUGCACGUUAAUGAUGUGCUUGCAGGACAAAGGCCUGGUCGUCCGACAAAUGAUGUGGCUAAUGGACCAUAUUUUCAGAUACACCAAUUUUGGGAUAGUGUCCUAUGUUCAUGGAGAUUUUUUCAUCCGACAGGGCAAAGCGUAUCGUGACCAGCAGCUGGUCCUCCUGAAGGUGCACCUAGAGAAGUACUACAGGAAUCGAGACCGAAAGUGGAUCAUCUUAUUCCCGGAGGGGGGCUUUCUCAGGAAAAGAAGGGAAACAAGCCAGUUAUAUGCCAAAAAAAACAACUUGCCAUUUCUUACUCACGUUACCCUCCCAAGAUUGGGGGCCACGCAAGUCAUCCUGAAUACGCUCCUGGCACAACAAGAGAACGGGACUCCAGCAGGGGGCGACAAGUCUCACGUGGAUCGGAAACCUAAAGGCUUACAGUGGGUAAUAGACACCACCAUUGGAUACCCCGAUGCAAAUCCUAUGGACAUUCAGACCUGGAUUUUGGGCUACCGGCCUCCUACUGUCACACACGUGUACUACAGAAUCUAUCCUAUCAAAGAUGUUCCCAUGGAAACAGAAGCGUUAACAGAUUGGUUAUAUCAGCGCUUUGUGGAAAAAGAAGAGCUUUUGUCACAUUUUUAUAAAACAGGUGCAUUCCCUCCCCUGCCCGGACAGAAGAAAGCCGUCCCCAGAGAGAUGACCCUAAACAACAUCUGGCUCUUCCUUGUACAGUCGCUGGCGUUUUUGUCAGGGUAUAUGUGGUACUGCGUCCUUCACUAUUUUUAUCAAUGCCUAUUUUAAAAAAAAAAUCUCGUUUGGACCUGAGGACUUUAAAUGUAGGAAAUUUCAUGCUCUUACGUAAGAGCAUCCUUGUUAUCUGUGUGAAUGUGAAUGACACCACAGUCAAGAAAAUAGUUGACUUAAUUUUUUUAUAAUUUUAUUUUUCAGUUGUUUUGUUUUUUGGUUUUUUUUGGUUU